AUGGUGGCAGGUUGUGAAUGUGACCUGUUCGCUCACUGGGGACUCACAUGCAGGAGGGCUUGUCACCAGGCUGCAGCAAUCACAAUGUUUCAGCUUAUAUGUGACUACUGGGUUCAUGUAUUGGCUCCCAUGAGAUUUGUCUUUGGAUGCUAUCUAGACAAGAGGAAUGACGAAAAGCUAACUGCCUUCCGGAAUAAGAGUAUGCUAUUUCGAAGGGAACUGAGGCCCAAUGAAGAAGUUACUUGGAAGUAAAGCCUGUGGCUAAAUCACAGAAUGUUUACAUUUUAAAAGUUA